UCCUACUCGGUAGUGAGAGCGCGUGCCGAUGGGGAGAAGGGUGAAGUAGGAGUGAGCUGUGUGGGUCCCACCACCCAUGUGCCCUCCUUCCUGUCUCCACCAGCUCCUGCCGCUCAAUGAUUAGCUCUCUGUUCCCUUCUUCUCUUCUAAACCAAAAACCCUCUCUCUUUCUCUCUCUAACUGAAACCCAAACCUCCAUUAUAACCUUCUUUUUCUCUCUCUAUUACCCCUUCUUUACUUGCCUUCCCUUGCUUCCCCAUGUCUAAUUCCGAACCUGCCACUAACGGUGUUACUAACGGCACUAUUAUAGACCCCCAGCGACAGCAGCCCUCAGCUCUUGCCGUCAAGAAGCCGCCCUCCAAGGACCGUCACAGCAAAGUAGACGGUCGCGGUCGGAGAAUCCGUAUGCCCAUCAUUUGCGCUGCACGUGUCUUUCAGUUGACUCGUGAGCUCGGUCACAAAUCUGACGGUCAGACCAUUGAGUGGCUCCUCCGACAAGCCGAGCCCUCCAUCAUAGCUGCCACCGGUACCGGGACCACUCCUGCUAGCUUCUCCAACGUCUCCGUUUCCGUGCGAGGCGGCGUCAAUUCCACCUCCUUGACGUCUGCAGUUUCCUCCUCCACUAGUUUCUCCGCUUCGUUGGAUCAUAAGCCCUUGUCGAUGGGUCCGACGCCCUUCAUUCUCGGGAAAAGGGUGAGGGCCGACGAUGAUGGGACCAAGGCAGGGGACGAGAAUACCAUCACUGCCCUGGGGCCCACGACAGUGGGGUCGAUUGUGGGGCCUGGUACUGCCGGUGCUGGAUUCUGGGCGGUUCCGGGAAGACCGGAUUUCUGGAGUUUCGCUGCGGCGGCGCAGCCAGAGAUGGUUGUUCAAGCGGCACAGCAACAACAACCGCAUCAACUGUUUAUGCAACAGCAGGCCAUGGGAGAAGCGUCGGCGGCCAGGGUCGGGAAUUAUCUUCCGGGUCAUCUGAAUUUAUUGGCAUCUUUAUCAGGUGGACCCGGGAGUUCGGGUCGGAGAGAAGACGAUCCUCGUUGAAUUGGGUUUUGAAAUGGUCUGUCGGCGGUGUUGACAUAUAUAUAUAUAUAUAUAUAUAUAUAAUCCUUAUAUAUUUAUAUAUAUAGAUAUGAUGUGAAUGUUCAAUUGUUGUUUUCGUGUGUGUGUGUGGAGAUGAAGAGGAUUUUUCUUUUCUUUUUAGUGAAGUUUAGGGUUAGGGAUUAGGAUUUGGAGGAAUUUGGGAGGUUUUAAGUAUGAAUUCAACUAGAGUUUAGUGCUUUGUUUGAUGAUUAAUUAGGGUUUUAGGGUUGAAUUGUUUAGGUUUCAGGAUAAGAGUGGAAAUUUCAGGUCUGUGGCAAAGCAUUUCAAGGGAUUUUCAGAAAUAACGUUGUUAUUCAAAGUCAGUGUGGCUUAUUUUUUUCAAGCAUGGGGACAUCAAAUUGAAUGUUGUUUUUCAUUGUUUGCCAAAUUAGUAGAUGAAAAUUGAACACUAUGCUUGCUGACUAGGGUUUGAUUUGAAAAUAAAUGGGUGAUUAAGUAUGGUAAUCAAUAAUUUAAAAAUUUGGGAUUCUUUUUUCUAGUGGGUGUCACCGACUUUGUUACCAUGACAAAUGAAAUUUCUGAAAUCCUUGGUGGCAAUCUGGGCAAUUUCUAGAGACUAAGUGGUGGAUGAUUCUUGGGGCUGCUGCUUCUUUCUGUCUCUGCCAGUUUCACUGGCAUCUUUGCUCACUGGUGUGUGGAAGCUGUUUUUCUCUGUAAGACUUCUGCUUAGAUUUAUGAUUGUGAAAAAUAAUGUGUUUUCCUUGUACGCAAAUGGAUUGUUUUGGGGUGGCUGUCGUGUGAAUAAGAGAAACCCAUUUGUUUCA